UCGUUCCCUUCUCCCCGAACUCCCCUCUCUCUCUCUCCCUCUCUCCCUCUAUGAAACCCUAGCAUUCGUUCUUCCCAUUUUUACCAAGAAGUUCUGAACCCGAUUGAAAGAGAAAGCCAGAAAAGACCCCUUCUUGAUCCAGUUUUCUCUCCUCUAAACCUUUUUUUGAUCUGAUCUGGGGCUCAAAGAAUCCCAAGAUGGCAACACCGGUAAAGAACACACACGCCUCUCGUUUUCAAACCUCGGAAAUCUGCAGGGUUUCCGAGAAUUCUGAUCCCAACCUCCCCAUUUCCCCCCCUUCCCAGAAGCCGAUCAAGUCUCCGGCGAUCAAGUCAGCACGGUCGAAGAAAUCGGCCCCUAAAACCCCUAGUCGUGUCGUACCGCCUCCUCCGUCAGCCCAAGAGAGGAAAUUUAUCGUCGUCAAGAAGAACUCCAGGAGAGGGGGGAAAGGGUUUGAUUUCAAGAAAUGCCGGCAAGAGGCCUAUGAGGCCCUUCGGGCAUCCCAAGAAGAGUUUUUUCAUAAGGAUCAUGCGACUGGUGCCACUGGAGUUGCAGACGCAUCACCUAGCGAAGGCCAAGGGAUGAAAGAUGGAGUAGGGAAUGAUGGAGUGGAGAAAGAUCAGAAGGUCAGGAGCCCGAAGAAUAUGAAUCAAUCGAGAGGAACUUGGUCUCCAGAGGUGGAGGAUCUGGAUGUCCAAGUUCUGGAGGGCAGUGCGAAGGUGAGGAAGAUGAGGAGUCUCGUGAUGGAGGAAGCGAUGAGCAGUAUCCCUGAGACAGGCUCGGGGCGGGUGAAGCAUUUGGUGAUGGCAUUUGAGAGCCUCCUUUCCAUUUCAAAGGAGGGAGAGGCUGUGAAGAAUGAAGAUAGAAAGCCAAGAGCAAUGAAUUGGGCCUUGCCAGGCUUGCAGCAGGCUACAAAGACUGCAGAGACCCAGGUUUCAUCUGCAUCUAUUUUCUCCUCAGCAGAGUUCUUCCCUUCGCGGGACUUUGAAAGGGAUUCGAGGUUGUACUCUUCAAUGGACAGUAACAGUGACAGAUUGAGCUGGGGGAGUAGGACAUCUGGUGGCAGCCGAAGUAGGCGUAAUAGCUCUGAGUUUCCAGGAAGGAGCUGGAAUAAAAAGCUAAGGGUAACAAGCCAACAGCCAUUCAAGUUGAGAACUGAGCAAAGAGGAAGGUUUAAAGAAGAACAAUUCCUUAAGAAAGUCAAAGAGAUGCUUGUAGAGGAGGAGAAGAAACGUAUACCAAUAGCACAAGGCCUCCCAUGGACCACUGAUGAAGCAGAGUGCUUGGUGAAGCCCCUUGUAAAGGAAAGCACUGAGCCAAUCGAUAUUGUUCUUCACAGUGAUGUGCGUGCUGUAGAACGGGCUGAAUUUGAUCAUUUUAUUGCAGAACGGAUGACUUUUGCGGAGCAACUAAGGUUGGAAAGAGAGAGGCAACAAAAGUUGGAAGAAGAAGAGGAAAUACGGAGGCUCAGAAAAGAGCUUGUGCCCAAAGCUCAACCGAUGCCAUACUUUGAUCGGCCUUUCAUUCCAAAAAAGUCAGCAAGACCUCCGACAAUCCCUAAGGAGCCAAGAUUUCAUAUUCGCCCGGUAAACUCAUCAUGUAUCUCGAUGCUGGGUAGAUGACGGAUGAUGUUGCCACCUGACAACAGUUUCCCUAAACCAUCAAACAACUUAUGAAAGGUCAUCAACAAAUUUAGGAUGAUGAAAGGCUAUGCUUCAAGACUCAUGGAAGAUCCGCUGCAAUAUCUCGGAUGCUUGUAUUCAGAGGUUGCAUUUUGCUUUCUCAAUGCACUCUCUGUUUCUUUUUUCAAAUCAUUUGUUCCCAUCCCUGGAAGAGGUCAUCAGGGGAUUGGUCAUGCUUUGGACUAACUUCUGAUGGGAAGAUAUUAUUCAUAUGUGUUUAUAAUCAGAAGAGCCUUGACAUUUGUUGCACCAAGAAAGUUUCAGCAUUAAUUGUUAAUUUGUAGAGCUAGUCAAAUGAAUAUUGCAAAUGAUAACCAAUCAAAUGUAUGAAAAUCCUAGU